AUGGUCAACCUUUCGUUAGACUCCAUCAAGGCUGUCAUCUUACUUGAUGCCGAAGGAAACCGCGUCCUUGCCAAAUACUAUGGUGCUGAUCGCCUUAGUCUGAAAGAGCAAAAAGCAUUUGAGAAGGGUCUUUUUGAUAAGACCAAGCGAGCACAAGGAGAGGUAAUCUUGUAUGAUAACAAAGUUGUCCUGUACCGAUCCAAUAUCGAUAUAUUUUUCUACGUGGUUGGUUCUUUGGAAGAGAAUGAAUUGAUUCUUUUGAGCAUGUUAAAUGCCUUUUACGAUGCUGUUUCUACUUUGUUGAGAUUCCAAGUAGAAAAGCGUUCAGUCAUGGAUAAUUUAGAUUUGGUUGUGCUUUGCCUGGAUGAAACUGUGGAUGGAGGUAUUAUUCUGGAAACUGAUGCCAACGCUAUUGUGAACCGAGUCUCCAAACCUCGUCUUGAUGUAGUCGAUAUUCCUUUUAGUGAGCAAACACUUAUGCAAGCAUACCAGUCUGCAAGGGACAAAUUUGCAAGCCAGAUGUUGAGAUAAUUACAAUACCACAAAAGAAAAGAAAAAAGAACAUACACCUCUUGCAAAUCUAUUUUUUUUUACUGUC